UUUUUUGAAUGUUUUUCAAUGUGCAACUUAUUUUUGUGCAUUGAAUGUUCAUUGAUGCUUCACAACUAACUACUCUUUCCUUUUUUUGCAUUGAUACUUCAUGACCAACCUUUCUUCCUUCUUUUUGCUAUUUUCCAUCUCAACACAACUAUUGAACCAGAGUCCUACUCAUCAAUUUUUAUUUUUUUUUUCUGCUCAAACUCUUGUCCACUCGUAGGUGCUAAUGUCUGUCAAUUUAAAAGAACUAUUAAUCCAUUGAUGGUUUGGUUUCAGUUCGAGUUCGGCUGUGGCUUUGGCUCAGGUGGUUCUGGGUUAGGCUUAGGUCUAGCUCGGGCUGAGAUCGGGUCUAAUUCAUGUUUUGGUUUUUGGGUUAGGCUCUUGUCUGGAUCAGGUUCUAGUUUGGGUUCGAGUAUGAUUCUGACUCUUAACUCUGGCUUAGGUGAUUCUGAGUUGGGUAUGGUUCUGGCUCUUACUCAGGUUCAGGUGAUUCUGCUUGGGUUUGGGUUUAGUUUCGGAUCUACCUCGGGUUUGGAUCAGAUCUUACUUUGGCUUAUCAUCUAGGACCUGGUUUGGCUUGAGUUCAGCUCAUAUAUCUAUGCUUAUAUUUGUUUGCCAUAUAAUAUGCCUGUUAUUAUAUUUCAUAAAUGUCUAUGAUUUCUUUUGUUUGUCUAGAUGAUGUUUUGUUGAUGUCUAGGCAGGAAGGUUGAUGAUGCUAUAGAACUUGAAAGCCCAAUCAUCUAUAUUACUCUUUCGUAGGUUCUGUUCUGUAUAUCUAUUGUUCUGUAUAUUUAUUUGAGAGGAACAAGCUAGGCCAUAUUUUGGGGUUUAAACUCCUUGUGCUGACAAGGAGCACAUCAAUCAAAUCUCCAAAUUCAGGUGACCUUGAGGAUUAGUGUCUUUAUAUUAUAAUUGCCAGUGAAGACUUUGGAUUUGACUCUUGAGUUCCAUUGGAAGUGAGUUUUUGCAAUUACUCUAUUAAAUCUCCAAAUUCAGGCUGAUGAGGGAAUUUCUUUUAAAUGCAAUGAAUUUAUUCAAGGGCCUCAAUGAUAGGGAGGAUUUGGUGCUUAAUGGAAAGAAUUAGGGGUCAAUAUGAUGAACUCGGUCCACAUUUCAAACAGAACCAGAUAAAUGCUUUUAUUUUAUUUUCUUUCUUUUCAAUGUAUAGGACUUAGUGUAUUAGUUUAUGAUUAUGGUUAAGUUAUAAUCAUAGUCUAAGACUUUAAGAUUAGGGAAUAAGGCAUAGGAUAUAUAGAUGUUAUGUCUGUCAAGAUUUAGGAUUUAGGAUUUAGGGCAUAGGGCAUAGGGCAUAAGAAGUGUCAUCAGUGUAGUUAGUGUAUAGUGUCUAGUACUUAAUGUUUUAGGGCAUCAAGUAUGGGCAUUAGAAGUGUAGUUAGGGUCCACACUUUAGGAUAUGGUGUAUAGUGUCUAGUAUUUAGUCUAUUAGGGAUAAGGUAUAACUUAGGCAUUCUCAAUUUAGAGUCUUAUAAUCAAGAAUAUGGAAGUGUUCUUUAUAUACAUAUAUAUAUAUAAUAUAUUCCUUUAUUUAUUUAUUUUUAUCUAUGUUAUUUGUAUCAAUGUCGUUCUUAUUUCACAUAAUAAUUAACUUUUAUUUGUAUUCUUUGUUAGUGCUGUGCUGGCAAUCGGAAAAAUUGAGCUUAAUGAAUAUGGGUGAAAACAAGACGCAUCUGUGGGAGCACGGCGGCUUCAUCAAUGAAAUCCACUUUAAGCGAAGGUUUACACCCAAAAUUGAGGGUUUAGGGUUCAGCACCGGAGACAGCGUGCAACCCGAUGGACCCUAUCGUCGCUGCGCUCUGGAGCAGUUUACCGAAGAUGCCACCGGCGUCCAUUCCAACAACUCUCGACUGUAUCUUAGCCUCGACAGCCGCAUCUCCGGCCUCUCUUUUUUCUGAACUUCUCCAUGAAUUUCCGAGAAUUGCAGAGGGCAUCGCUCAAGAAACUGUGGAGAUGGAGAGUGAUCAGCCUAACUGUGUUUUGUCUUAUGUUGCUGCACUCAGUUACUUCCUAAAGAAGUCCGGUGGUGGUUCUCACGACAUGGAUAUAUUUGUCUGGAAAGUGUUGAUGCCUUUGUUGAAGUUGGUGCAUCCAUAUGACAAUUUGUUAUUUUUUGAGGUAGCAAGUAUGUUUCUUGAUGUUGUUGCUGAGACAAACUGUUGGGAUGUUAUUGGAGCAACAAUUGUGCCCCUCUUGUUAAGAUCAAUUGGCCUAUCGAUGGGAACAUUUCACAGUGAAAAGCUGGCAAUGCAUAAGUGGACAAAUAAGUCAAAUUUUGAAGAUUCUCAUGACAAAUUGGCCAAAGAGCACAUAUCCAAAGAUGAAUUUCAAUGCAAUGUCUUUGAUUUUCCAUUGCCUGUAUGCUGUAAAAUAUUAACUAUGAUUCUUGAUGCUGCUCUGAAAUACAACAAUGUAUCUGACCCUGGGUCAAUGUCAGAAAACAUGGCAACUUCUUUUGCUGGAUAUAUGCUUUGGGACCUAUCUAAUUUUACCCUUCAAAUGAUCUCAUAUAGCUUGGAGCAUCGCUCUUGUGCAGUCAAAUCUCUUCUUCCAUUUAUAUUCAAGGCAUUUUCAAAUUAUCAUACCUUCAGUGUUGGAGUUUCUGGUGUGCAUCAUGUAUUGACAAGGAAGGAUUUUUUCUUUAAAAUCUGGGAGACUUGUAAGUCACUGUUUUCUUUGGGAUCUUUGGAAAGAAGAGAUGCUUAUGAUAUACUUUCUCUAUAUUCAUCCUUUUCUCCACUGGCUGAUGAGCAUGAUGAUUCCACUUUGAGUGGAGAAGAGGAUAUUUUGGAUUUGAGAGCAGACCCGGAAUUUUGGGAUGAAAUGAAGAGAGGAUUGCUUGAUAAGGAAAGCCUAGUGAGGAAGCAGUCGUUGCAUAUACUAAAAACGACGUUAAACUUGAGAAGAGAGAGGAAAUGUGACUCUGAUAUCUUGUUAGAAGCAUCAGAUGAAUUAAAUUCUAAUUCUCACAUGAAGGGCAAGAGAGGGAAGUGGGCACAUGAGGAAGCAAAGUCAUUAGGCGUUGGCAAAAUAUGCAGUCAAACAGAAGUGAGUGUUAGUAGUUGUUACAAGUGGGAGGUUUUUAUACUGCUAUAUGAAAUGCUUGAAGAAUAUGGUACACAUUUGGUUGAAGCGGCAUGGAAUCACCAGAUUGUACUUUGGCUUCAAUCUUCAUUGCCAGUAGAGAAUCCAUUGCAAUUUUCUCGUGAAGAACUAUACCUUAAUCAAAUGGCAACUGCAGAGCAGAUUUUUGGAUGGUUGAUAGUCUUAUGGGAACGUGGUUUUUGUCAUGAUAAUCCCCAAGUACGAUGCCUUAUCAUGCAGUCAUUUUUCGCAAUCCAGUGGGAGAGCUAUGGAGUCUGUUCAAAGCUAGUGCCAGAAUAUUUCAUACUUGGUCCUCUCAUGCGAGGGCUAAAUGAUCCCGUGCACCACAGAGAAUUUGGUGUGAAGGAGAAGUACUCUUCUCACACAAUUGAGGCAGCCUCUAGAUUUCUGCAUCAAUAUGCCAGCUCUAUGGGAAGGAGGGAGCAUACUUCCUUCUUGGUGAAGUUGUCAUCUGUUCCUUUAAGACUCACUUUGGGACGGGUGGGGUUGAUGUGCUUGGCAGAGUGCAUUGCAUCAACUGCUCGUGGAGUUGCAAACCGUAGUAAUCAUGGCGCUGAGCAAUUUUUGGAUGCUACUGUUGAGGUCUUAGUCGAUUCCUUGCCAAACUCAUCUCCGAAUGACAAAACUGAAUUGUUGGAUGCUUUGCGAUUUGUCUUGGAGUGCAGCAAACAUCAUUUUAAUCCUAAAUACCGUCUCCAAGUUUGCGAAAGGAUUUUAGCCGCCGCUGCUUUCCUGAUGGAUACAGCCGAUGUUCCUUUGGAGAUCCUUUUGCACUUCCUUUCUAGUCUGCCUCGGGAAUACACUGAUUAUGGUGGUUCAUUGAGAUAUGAAGUCCAGAAAUGGCUUGGGAAUCCUAAUUUGCAGCUUUUAAAGGCUAUUCAUGCGUUUCCUGUGAACUUUAUCUGCUAUCAGUAUCAACUUGAUUCACCUGUCACAUACGAUGAUGAAGAAAUAAAUGCAUGGGAAUCUGAGGCAAGACGUUGGGCUCGAGUUCUGUUUCUUGCAGCCAAGGAUAGACUGCAUUUUGACCCAAUUAUUAAGUUCAUUCAGAAUCUUGGUGGUAAUAUUUGCAAACAUGACAAGUUUGAGUGGGAGGUGGUGAAAUUUCUUAUCCUUGUUUGCAGUUUGGUUGAUGAACUUGUAACAAUCCAAGAGAGAAUAGCUAAGGGUCAAGUGGCUGGAAGAAUGGAGAAAGAUUUUGAUGGCGGAGCCAUUUUUGAUGAGUUUGCAAGAGUAUUUUUGUCAUUUCUGGAAGAGCUGGUCUCAUUUGCUAAGUUAUCAAUUUCCAUAUUUUGGUUGGAUGUGGUACUUGAGGAAACCUCUCUGCCUGGGGCUAUUAAAGGGAAACUAGGUGGCCCAAGCCUACGACGCUUAUCAUCUACUCUUUGCACUUCUGUUUUGGAAGCUAUAACAUCAAUAAAGACCCUUGUUGCAGUUCUAAAGUGGUGUGCAGAGUUGAGAACAGAUGUUCCGACUUAUGCUGCACAAGUUUUUCUCUGGACUUUCUGCUUGAAGACCUUUGCAACUCCAGCACCUAAAUCUGAGGUUGAAGGAGAAAUAUACAUUGCUGCAUAUGAAGCAUGUACAUACGCUUUGGAGGGAUUGGUUCCCAUCUUCUCUACUUCAUCAUUGAAUAGUUUAGCAAACAAUGAUAGCUUAUUUCUGUUGGAAGAAGAUAGGGAAGCGCUCUUAGAUGUGCGUGUUAGCACCUUUAUGAACAACCUCAAUAUUGCUAUUGAUGGAGGAAAUAUGGCCAGGACACGGCGGGCAGUUUUAAUGAAUUUGAAGUGGAGGUGUCUAGAAUCUUUGUUGUUGCUACCAAAGUAUGCUCAGUGCAAUGGCAUUUAUUUGAAGAGGUGUAGAUAUAACUUCUCACAGUCACUCUUAAAACAAAUAUUUGAUGAUCUGGUGGGAAGCCUUGAAAAUGCUGGUGAAGUUUCUGUUUUGCCCAUGCUCAGAUCCAUCAGAUUAACCAUGGAAAUGAUUUAUUUAAGAAGAAUGGAUCAAACUUCUUCUUGGACUGGAAUAACUAUUGAGAUGAUGUGGCUUUUGGUUCAUUCUUCAUGGAUAUUGCAUGUGAGCUGCAACAAAAGGAGAGUGGCUCCUAUUGCUGCACUCCUAUCCUGCGUCUUACAUAGUUCAGUGUUUGGGGAUGAACGCAUGCAUGAAUCUGACAAUGUUACUGGGCCAUUGAAGUGGUUUGUUGAGAAAAUCCUUGAAGAAGGUAAAAAAAGUCCGCGAACCAUUCGUCUUGCUGCAUUACACUUAUGUGGACUCUGGUUGGCCUGUCCAAAUAUCUUAAAGUACUACAUUACAGAGCUGAAGCUGCUUACUCUUUAUGGUUCUGUUGCUUUUGAUGAGGAUUUUGAAGCUGAACUAGCUGAAAAUUAUGAUGCAAGGGCUGAACUAUCUGUGCUUUCAAAAAGCCUAGAUCCUGAGUUAACAGAUGUGUUCAUCAAUACGGAGUUGUAUGCUCGUGUAUCUGUUGCUGUUUUGUUCUCCAGACUAGCAGACAUGGCUGAUUUGAUUAAAGAAUCAACUUUUUCAAAUGAUGAUAACCUUGAUAUUGUUGCAUCCGGGAAAAUGUUUCUAAUCGAACUUCUCAAUUCUGUGAUAACUGACAGAGAUCUGUCCAAGGAAUUGUACAAAAAAUAUAGUGCGAUUCAUAGGAGGAAAGUUAGAGCAUGGCAGAUGAUAUGUGUGUUGUCACGCUUCGUUGACAGAGAUAUAUUCGAGCAAGUGACCUCGUGUUUGCAGACAUCAAUUUAUAGGAACAAUUUACCCUCUGUUCGACACUACAUGGAAACUUUUGGCAUCUACAUAUAUUUGAAAUUCCCUUUGCUGAUCAGCCAGCAAUUGGUUCCUCUACUAAGAAACUAUGAUUUGCGACCUCAGGCUGUGUCAUCAUAUGUAUUCAUAGCAGCAAAUAUCAUUCUCCAUGCAAAAAAAAGUAAUCAAUUUGAACAUUUGGAUGUGUUACUUCCUCCAAUAGUCCCAUUUCUGACUUCUCAUCAUCACAACUUAAGGGGAGUUACUCAGAUAUUGGUGUAUCAAGUUCUUCAAAUGUUGUUUACUGAUUCUAGCUUGAGCUCAUAUUCAAGCAUAUCCCUGGAGAGAAGAUGCUUUGAUGAUUUGAGAUAUUAUUUGGCCCAUAACUCAGAUUGUGCACGGUUAAGAGCUUCUAUGGAUCGCUAUCUUGGUUCUUUUGAUCCGGUUAAAUCUAUAUCACCAGCAGGGAUAUUUACCACUGGGAUAGAGGAACAUGAAUUUGAGUGUGUUCCAACAACACUUAUGGAUCAAGUCAAUGAUUUUCUGAAUAAUACAAGAGAAGAUCUUAGAUCUUCGAUGGCCAAAGAUGCUAUUGCUAUCAAACACGAUAGCAUCAACCUUGAAAUAGGCAACCCAUCUAAUGAAGUAAUGAAUUGCAAUGGUGAGCAAUCAGUAUUCAAGGUACAAAAUGAACUUUUGUGCGACUUCCAAAGAAAAAUUACCUUCUCGUGGAAUGAGCUGCAACACACAUCCUCCACAGCAUUCAUGGAACAAAAACAAUUAUUGGGAUCAGUUUUGGAUAUAUCAAAUGAAGACCAUCUUCUCAAUCAGUUGCUUCAUUCAAGGGGAAUGAUUGUGGAGAAGUUGAAGUCAAGCAGGCAACAAAUUAUUCUUGUAGCAUCACUCAUAGAUCGCAUACCUAAUCUUGCUGGGCUGGCAAGGACCUGUGAGGUGUUUAGAGCAGGUGGACUAGUUAUUGCAGACAAAAAUGUGUUAAAUGACAAGCAAUUCCAACUCAUAAGUGUAACAGCAGAGAAGUGGGUUCCCAUUGUGGAAGUUCCAGUUGGAAACAUGAAGGCAUUCUUGGAGAAAAAGAAACGAGAGAACUUCACCAUCUUAGGUCUGGAGCAGACCUCAAAUAGUGUACCAAUGGACCAAUACAAUUUUCCUACGAAGACUGUAUUAGUUCUUGGUCAUGAGAAGGAAGGAAUACCUGUAGAGACAAUACACAUGUUGGAUGCUUGCAUUGAGAUUCCACAGCUAGGAGUAGUUAGGUCCCUAAAUGUUCAUGUCAGCGGUGCCCUUGCACUUUGGGAGUAUACUCGGCAGCAAAGAUCGCAUUAAAUUAUCAUGGAGCUGUUUCCUAACAUUAUAUGUCCAGAAAAUGGUGCAUGAUUCACCAUGUUUGGGGCAUCAAGUUUCCUCACCUAUCAUACUUUACCCUGCCCUGCAGAUUAGGCAAGAAAAAUCAUUUUGAAUUCAUUCUUAAAUUUGAGUUAUUGUUUCAGGGAAAUAUUUAAGUUACCAUCUUACAAGAAACUUGGAAGUGAAAAUUGGAAAUCUUCAGAUUAGUAGGCUCACUUUUGACAACUCUUUUGGCCCGAGCAGGCGCCAAAUUUGAUCUUCUGUUGCUGAAUCAAUCACUUGUUGGAUUGAUGGUUGAAAUAUUUUAACAAUAUAAGCAUGGAGAGGUGAUACUUAUAAAGGAAUGCAAGCCUUUUUCUA